CAAGCCGAGGCAUCACCUCACCGUCCCUACGCUCUACCUCUUCCCCUCCUCCUCCCCCUUCCCCCCUCCUGUGCAACCCCAAGCCUACCUCCCAUACUCCCUUCUCAUGUCUGCAGGAUUCGUGCCGGCCACGCCAGACGCACCGUGCAAGGCGUGUGGCAAGGCCUUUCAAGAAGGUCAGAUUCCUAUGAAGUGUGGAGAGGAUCGGUAUCAUGUGGCUUGCUUCCAUUGUGCUUCGUGUGAUGCCAUCCUUACAAAGGUUGUCUUUAUCGAAGAAGUCAUCAUGUGCCCACCCUGUGCCGCUGACUAUCGAGCCGACCAGAAGCGCCUCGCUGACGCCGCCCUUGCUUCUCAACUUCACAAUUGCGCCGCGUGCGGCGAUCGCAUCGAAGGCGCCGAGCUGUUUGCUCUCGACAAGUACUGGCAUGGCAUGGGCUGCUUCACAUGCGGCUAUUGCGCCCGCGAUUUGUCCACAAAGUUCGCCGUCGCCGAUGGCGUCGCCUACUGCAACCAGGGCUGCUUUGAGCACGCCCAGGCCGGCGAUGCGCCUCCAGAGCCCCCAGCAUCCACCGACGCUGCUGCCGCCUCUCAGACGCCUGCUGGCGACCAGCCUGCUGCAUCUGUCAGUGAGGGCGAGCCAGACGAUUGCUACGCGUGCGCCAAGCCUGUAACUGACAGCAAGUCGAUGCGGGUCCCGCCGCUCGGCCGCUUCCACAUCGACUGCUACGUCUGUGGCGCCUGCACCCAGACCAUCGGCACCAACAUUGUCGCCCGUCCACCGGCCUCGGAAGGCGAAAAGUACCGCCUAUUCUGCUGCGAUGCCUGCGCCGAGGCUGAUGCCGUUGUCGAGGCGUAGCUAGGCUGCCUGUAAACCCACUUGUCG